CAACAAAGCUCCUUUAUCUUCUCGUCUGUCGAGCUUUCAGCGAGCCCAAGGAGAGAGCAACGCACAAGAAACACACGAUCGAGCUGGUGAGCAGCGCCGAUGGCUGGAACGGAGUGGUGCUGGCCGCUGCCGGCGUGGAUGGGCUCCGGCGCGGCGUGGUUCGUGGCCCUCAACCUCGUCGUGGGCGCCAUCUUCGCCCUGUCGUCGCGUGCGCAGCCGCAGUCGCCCUCGCCGCGCCGCGCCGGGAGCGGGGGCGGGAUCACGCGCAGGGCCUCGUCGGCGGUGCUGCAGCGCAUCCGUUCCUUCAGCAUCUUCUCCUUCCCGUCCUCGUGCUUCCACACCGCGGAGCCUAGCCCGGGCGCCACCGCCGCGGCCACCUUCCGAGAAACAGAGGACGCCGGGACGCCGACCAGGAGGUCGCCAGCUACACCGCGUGACCGUGUACCACGCCCACACGCGACGGCAGAGCCGGCGAAAGAGGACGCCGUGGAAGACGAGAACUCGAUGAGCAUGGACGAGGCGUACGCGCUCGCCCUGGCAGGGCGGCAGCGGGCGCCGCCGACGGAGGAGGAGGCGGCCGGGUCCGAGGUGGACGCCAAGGCGGAGGAGUUCAUCCAGGGGUUCAAGGAGGACCUCAGGCAGCAGCGCCUCAACUCCAUCUUCAACUACACCCAGAUGCUCAAGCGCCGCGCCGCCGGCGGCCAGCCGCCUGCCGCACCAGAAUGAUACCGUCGCAUCGCAAGUAUGGUUGUUGGUCUGAUCGUUCCGCCUCCGUGAUGGUUGAAAGUUCAGGCCAACUCAGGAUUGACUUGCUGUCCUGGACGUCGCCGCCGGCACAGCGGCCGGUCUGGUCCACCAUUGAUUUCACAUGUUCAUUGCUCAUUUUUAUUUUUAUUUUCUUUAGAGAGGAUUGCUUGGUGUGUUUGUUUUUAAAAAAGGGAGAGCUAGCCUUUUUGAGUUGCUUGCUCCCGUGCACAUUGGCUUUUUGGUUGUGGGUUUGUGCAGAUUGCUUCUUGUGGGUUUCGUAUUUAUUGGCUUGCACUCCUGUACAUAGGCAUUUUGGAUUGGCUUAUGUGCACUCCAUGCCGUUUUCUUUUGUUGUAAGCACAUUCUUUUAUUUGUUUGUAUGUAUAACCUGAAAGUCCACAGUCAA